AUGGCGACAAAGAAGCCAAUCAAUGCGAAUGAUGAGGAUCUCGUGGAUGGAAUGGAAGGAGUCGGUCAGCCCAUCGAUCAACCGACCUCCAUGUCCUAUUGCCUGCAAAGAUUUCGUCACGCUGAGCUCUGUCGUGAACUUACUGAUAGCGAAUCAUUUUGCCAUGCUGGAUCUGGACCAACAAACUACCAGAGAAUACUAGACAUUGAUGCCAAAAUGAUUGAGUUUAUCAACAGUCUACCGCCGUUCUUUUCUAUUGACUUCGAGGUAGACCAGGUGCCUGACUCGGAUGCACGCAGAUCAAUCCCGAUCACUGCUCAGCGCUACAUCCUCAACUGCCUGGUCAAUGCCCAAAGGUGUCGCAUGCAUCUGCCAUACUUGACAAAAGGUGCUAAGGACUCGAAAUAUCUCUACUCGAGAGAUGCGUGCCUCGAGGCGGCCAGAAUGGUAAUUCGAACCGAGCGCCAACUCCGGACCGAGAAUUUACCAUUCACUCUGAUACGACUCAGAUCCUCCGGUAUUCUACACUGUGUAUGCAUGGGGAUUAUAGUGCUAUUGAUGGACCUUUGCCUGAACAGAAGUUUUCAGACAGGCGAUGACCGAAAAAUCCGCAUCGAGAUAUUCGGCGCACUCACCGUUCUGGAGGAUGCAAAGGGCCAAUCCCCAUUCGCAGAAAGAAUCCUGGGAGCCUUCCACAGUGUCCUAAAGCGAUACAACAUCCCAUUCAUUUCUCCCGGAACAAAUUCACCGCCCCGACCGGAAGGUAGUGCCACACUUCAUCCAUCAUCGGUUCCUGCAGCUCAAGAUCCUCAGACAAUUCUGCCAGACCAAGGGGCUGGCCUCUUUAUAGAGGACCCCACACUUCCAUCAUUCAAUGAUUUCUUCGAAGAUUUCAGCGCUAAUGUGGAUCCAGAUAUGCUUGAUUGGGAUUCGUUGUUUCCCGGACUUGAACGAUCAUUCCUAUCGAUGUGA